GCAUCCCACCUCCCGCGGGGUUCAUCGGCCGCGCGGGGGCUUUGCCGAGACAGGGGUGCUCCUGGAAGCUUCACGUUUUGAGAAAGAAUCCGUGACCACCAAGGAAACCACCCUAUAUCCAACAGUGGAACAGUUUGUCCCCACAUUUGCGAGACGUGUUUCUGCCUCUGUUGAACCGUGUCCGUGGCUCAGGGGACACGGGGCUCGGCGCUAGAGGCGCGAGAGGGCAGGGGCCGCCUCCGGGCUGCGGGCUGCGGAGCGAGAGCCCCCAGGCGCCCCCGAGCUCCGCACCUGUGCAGGCUGGGGCUGCGCGCGAGAUGCUCGACUCCCGGUCCAGCCACCUCGGGGCUUUUUGAUGAUUCGAUGUUUUAGAAAACGAUUAUGAGAGCUUACGUGUAUUAAAUGUUGAAAGAAAUGGAAAUAUUAUUUAUACAUAUAAGGAUGAUAAGGGAAAUGUCAUCUUUGGAUUAUAUGAUUGUCAAACCAGACAAAAUGAGCUUCUGUAUACCUUUGAGAAAGACUUGCAAGUUUUCAGUUGCUCUGUCAACAGUGAAAGAACUUUGCUUGCUGCAAGUUUAGUUCAGUCUACUAAAGAAGGAAAAAGGAACGAACUUCAACCAGGAUCAAAGUGCUUGACUUUGUUGGUUGAAAUCCACCCUGUUAACAAUGUGAAGGUUCUGAAGGCUGUGGAUAGCUAUAUUUGGGUUCAGUUUCUCUACCCACAUGUUGAAAGUCAUCCUCUUCCAGAGAACCAUCUGUUACUGAUUUCAGAAGAGAAAUAUAUUGAGCAAUUACGUAUCCAUGUCGCCCAACAAGAUGGAAAUAGAGUGGUGAUUAAAAAUUCUGGCCAUCUCCCGAGAGACAGAAUAGCUGAGGAUUUCGUUUGGGCUCAGUGGGAUAUGUCAGAACAGAGAUUAUACUACAUUGACCUGAAGAAAUCAAGGAGUAUCUUAAAAUGUAUCCAGUUUUAUGCUGAUGAGAGCUAUAACUUAAUGUUUGAAGUACCCUUGGACGUAUCAUUAAGCAACUCAGGAUUUAAACUUGUCAACUUUGGAUGUGAUUACCAUCAAGACCGAGAAAAAUUAUCCAAACACCUGACUCUGUGUGUUUUUACCAACUGUACAGGAAGUUUGUGUGUAUGUUACAGCCCGAAGUGUGCCUCUUGGGAACAAAUCACAUAUUCAGUGUUUUACAUUCAUAAAGGACACAGCAAGACCUUCACCACUUCUCUUGAGAAUGUUGGCUCACACGUGACAAAGGGCAUUACUUUUCUCAACCUUGACUAUUAUGUGGCUGUUUACUUACCUGGUCAUUUCUUCCACCUACUUAAUGUUCAACAUCCAGACCUGAUCUGCCACAGUCUUUUUCUGACAGGAAAUAAUGAAAUGAUUGAUAUGCUACCUCAUUGCCCUUUACAGUCAUUGUCAGGGUCCCUGGUACUGGAUUGUUGUUCUGGAAAGCUCUAUAGAGCACUGCUCAGCCAGUCAUCUUUAUUACAGCUUCUGCAGAACACCCGCUUAGACUGUGAGAAGAUGGCCGCGUUGCACUGUGCGCUCUACUGCGGUCAAGGCACGCGGUUCCUGGAACGCCAGAUUAUUCAAUGGAUUUCUGAGAAUGUCUCUGCCUGCCAUUCAUUUGACCUCAUUCAGGAAUUUAUAAUUGCUUCUUCAUAUUGGAGUGUAUAUUCAGAGACAAGUAACAUGGACAAACUAUUGCCACAUUCCUCAGUGCUCACUUGGAAUACAGAAAUUCCUGGAAUAACUCUUGUGACAGAAGACAUUGCAUUGCCUUUUAUGAAGGUGCUCAACUUUAAGGGCUACUGGGAAAAACUGAACUCCAACCUAGAAUAUGUUAAGUAUGCCAAGCCACACUUCCACUAUAACAACAUUGUGGUCAGGAGAGAGUGGCACAACCUGAUCUCUGAAGAGAAAACAGGAAAAAGAAGGUCCACGGCAUACGUGAGGACUAUUCUUGAUAAUGCAAUAAAGGUGAUUUCUAACCUAGAAGCAAGAAAUUUGGGGCCAAGAUUAACACCCCUCUUGCAGGAGGAAGACAGCCACCAGCGGCUGCUCAUGGGGCUGAUGGUGUCUGAGCUAAAAGACCAUUUUUUGAGACACCUACAGGGUGUAGAAAAGAAGAAAAUUGAACAGAUGGUUCUGGACUACAUUUCAAAACUGCUGGAUCUCAUUUGCCACAUCCUAGAAACCAGUUGGAGGAAACAUAAUCUUCAUUCCUGCAUUCUCCACUUCAACAGUCGUGGCAGUGCUGCUGAAUUUGCAGUUUUUCACAUCAUGACCAGGAUUCUCGAAGCUACAAAGAGUUUGUUUUUACCUCUGCCUCCUGGUUUUCAUACUCUGCACACCAUCCUCGGGGUCCACUGUCUCCCUUUGCAUAACCUGCUGCAUUGCAUUGACAGUGGAGUGUUGCUUCUCACUGAAACAGCUGUCGUAAGGCUCAUGAAAGAUCUGGACAAUACAGAGAAAAAUGAAAAACUGAAAUUCAGUAUCAUUUUGCGGCUUCCUCCGCUUAUUGGUCAGAAGAUUUGUAGACUUUGGGAUCAUCCUAUGAGUUCUAACAUCAUUUCACGGAACCACGUGACGCGAUUGCUUCAGAACUACAAGAAACAGCCUCGGAAUUCUAUGAUUGACAAGUCAUCGUUCAGUGUAGAAUUUCUGCCUCUGAACUACUUCAUUGAAAUUCUGACAGAUAUAGAGUCCUCCAAUCAAGCCCUGUAUCCUUUUGAAGGACAUGACAAUGUGGAUGCAGAAUUUGUAGAGGAAGCAGCUCUGAAACACACCGCAAUGCUUUUAGGCUUAUGAAAAAGAAAACGCAACUGGAUCUGCUGCUGCCAUUUUAAUCUUGCUCAUUAACCUUCCUCCUGUUGAGAAUCCUUUAGCAAUAUUUAAAAUUGGUAACAAAACUAAGAAAUUGUUCAGCCAUUUGAGUUUCAGGUUGGUACACGUUCAGACAGAACUAUAACUGCUGUAUCACAUUCCAAUUUUGAAUAGCCAGUGAGCAAUCAAGUGUAGAGAAAUGAUAAAUGGUCUAAGAAGGCAUACCAGUGGCAUAAACUAUGCUCUUCCUAGUAGCUUAAUAGGCCACAAGCUAGUUGCACUCUGAAAUAAAAUAUGCUUUAAAAAUGUAGGGAACAGUGCUUAGAAAAGCAAAAACGAGGUGUGUCAUUGAAAUAACAGGAAGAAAAUUAAAUGUUAUGUAAGAACACUAUUUGGAAAGAGGUUCCUUUUAAAAACUGAGUUUGUACUAAAUCAGAUUUGCCAUGUCCAGCACAGAAUAAUUUGUACUUAGUAUUUACAGCAGGGUUUGUCUUUGUGAAUUCAGAUGAAAUGUAUUUAAUUUUUUUUAUAUUUAUAAAACGUUGAUUUAGGAAUAUUUUGUCAUUAAAAAACCUGAAAACA